AUUGUUUAAUUUAUCAUCCAAUCAAUAAUAAAACUAGUAAUUUUAUCUCGGGUCAUAUUAUCUUCAUAAAACAAUGAAGAUUAGAUAGACAUGUUAUCUUAAAUUAUUGAAUAUACAAAAAUGUAUUGAAAUUCUAACAAAAUGGAUACCCACUACAAUUUAGAAGGUAAAAAACAAUUUAUGUUGAAUUUAUACAAUUUAUGCGAUUCUUUGUGUUCCUUUCAAUUGUCUGCCUUUCAGAAAUACCUUUACCUGUUUUUUCAGAAGGUUACACUCCUGUGAUUUCCCAGCCUAGCACCAACAAUGACGAUUAUCCAGGAAGUAGAAGACCGAUACCAGUCUCCGUUAUAGAUCUGGAAACAUCACAAACGAGUUGCUUCUCACCCUUACACGGCUUAGAUUUCCUGAGGGGGUCUUCCAGUUUUAUCAUACAACAAACUGUGGAACUGUCCAAUUUGCUAAGAGACCAAGGAGAAAACAGAUUCAACAUCAAGGUACCAAGGGGGGCGACCAUAUACUCAGCUUCGGAGUCAUCGGAAGGGUGUGAAAGGGGAUGUUUUGGUUCAAGCAGGUCCUUCGUCAUGUCAAUCUACGACCCGUCUCAGCAAAAGGUCAUGGAAUUCCGAAGGCGAUUGGCUUGUGGUGGUUUUAAUUUUUGUUUUUAUUUGCAAAAAAUGGAAGUCUGGGCCGAAACAAAUGAGUACAUUGGAAGCAUUGAACAAAACAUGUCGUUUAUGGAAACAAGUUUCAGCAUACUUGAUAGAAAUGGCAAUGUACAGUACAAUAUAAAAGGACCUGACUCAUGUUGCUGUCUUCUGAGUAAAAAUCAAAGCUUCUGUAUCUAUAACAUUGAUUGUUCUACUCAAGUAGGGACCAUAAUACAUCAAUGGGAUCAAUUGGCUCACGAUUAUAACAUACACGUACAAGGUCCAGAUUUCCACACUUCAACACGAAACAAGGCUUUAAUAUUGGGGGCAGCCUUUCUUUUGGAAUACAUGUAUUUUGAGAGUGUGAAGAGAACUAGUUGCAGAUGCAUCUGUUAAACUAUCUGUAAUUACAUAGAUAUACCCUAAAAAUAUUAUUUAACAUAUAAUAAUAUCAUGUACUUAAGAAUAUAGUCAUUUAUCAACACUAUUUUAAUACUUACCAAAAUAUGUACUCUUUUGUAACCGUUAAAAAUAGUGAAAAGGCAAUAAUAAAACUAUUGUUAA